GAGUGGCAACACUGGGCGUCGCUUGUAAACCUAACCAAACAAUACUUGUAAUGUUAAUAUCUUAGUUGUUAUUCCAAUUCUCACGAUUAUAGUAGUACCAAUGUAGAAAUAGGGAUAACGAAUACAUUUUUUUGUAAGGAUGAACAUGGACGAAGAAUAUGAUGAUCGCCCAUGGGAGGGCGAUCGAAUGGAAGAUUCAGAUGCCGCAGAUGAACCAGAAAACCCAGAUCAAGUUUUGGCAGAAUGUGCAGAAAAAUUUUCAACACCAGAUUAUAUUAUGGAACCAGGAAUAUUUUCUCAGUUGAAACGUUAUUUCCAAUCAGGAGGAAAUCCUCUUCAAGUUAUAGAAGAAUUAUCACAAAACUACACUGCAGUAGCCCAAAUGGCUAAUUUGAUUGCAGAAUGGCUGAUUAUAGGAGGUGUUAAAGUAACAGAUGUGCAAGCUAUGGUUGAAAAUCAUUUAAAAGAGAUGAUUUUAAAGACUUUUGAUCCAAAAAAAGCAGAUACAAUUUUCACAGAAGAGGGAGAAACUCCUGCUUGGUUGACACAAUUAAUUGAACAUCCAACUUGGAGAUCUUUAAUUUAUAGAUUAGCUGAAGAAUAUCCAGAUUGUUUAAUGUUGAAUUUCACUAUUAAACUGAUUUCUGAUGCAGGCUUUCAGGGUGAAAUAACAAGUAUAUCAACAGCCGCUCAACAAUUAGAAGUAUUUUCUAGGGUACUAAAGACUUCUAUAACUAGUUUUCUCACAAACCCAGAGGAAUGGCAAAAUACUAGCAAAGAAUGUGCUAAAAUGGUAUGCCAUGGUCAACAUACAUAUGUAUAUAGUCAAGUCAUUAUUCACAUUUUAGCACAUGAAUCAAAAGGAGGUAGCAGCAUGAAAAGAUUGUCUCAAGAAAUUACCAAAUGUGCUCAAAAAAAUGGGAAUGAUGUAACACCUAUCACAAUGGCAUUGAAUGGCGCUUCAGCUUACCCCACGGCUUGUCAAGCUCUCACAGCGAUGCUGUCCAGAAAUACAUUAAAUCCUGCUGAUAUUACAGUCCUUUAUAGAAACUAUACAGGACCAGAUCCUCCUCCUAUAGACCUCAUCAGAACACCACAAUUUUUAGAAUUACUAGUUGAUUCGUUAUUCAAACCUGGAGUCAAGCUGAAUCCAGACCACAAACCAAAAUAUAUCCACUUAUUGGCUUACGCUUCCAGUGUAUCAGAAGUGCAACAGAAGAAAGGUCAAAAAAGGAUAUCAAACAAGGAUGAAUUACAACCUACUAUACGUGCUAUUGAAACAGUUCACAAUAUCUGCAAUGGGAAUAAGGGAAGCUCCGAACUUAUUGCUGAACUCUCAAUAAUUUAUCAAUCCCUUAAGUUUCCCGUUGUAUCCAUUGGAAUAAUUAGAUGGGUGGAAUGUACUGUAACAGAACCAAGCUAUUUCAAAUUAUGUACAGAACAUACUCCAAUUCAUCUUGCUUUGUUGGACGAAGUUGUAACGUCACAUCCUUUACUCCACAAUCAAGUACUCAAUUUGUUAAUUAAAUUAUUUGAAUCAAAGCAGGAUGAGUUAGAAAUUUUAGUUCAGUUGGAAAUGAGGAAAAUGGUUAUAGAUCGAAUGGUUAAUCUGUUAUGUUCUGGUUGUGUGGUACCUGUUGUUAAAUACAUCAAACAAUGUUGGCAAAAAGGUGAUACUGAUAUUUCUUUGAUCAGAUAUUUUGUAACAGAGGUAUUGGAAACAAUAGGGCCACCAUAUAGUUCGGAAUUUGUGAAUUUAUUUAUGCCAAUGGUUGAAAAUGAUGAGAUCACUGGCACUAUGAGAGGAGAUGGUGAAAAUGAUCCAUUAUCAGAAUUUAUAGUUUACUGCAAAGCGAAUUAUACUACAGUUUCAUAGAACGAUGGAAUUGAGAUAUAUUAAAAAGCAUUGUAAAUAUUUUUAUAUAUUAUGACCAAAUAAGUAUCAGUUAUAUACAGUAAUUAUGUAUAACUUUACUUUUAAAUCAAUUAAAAAUCUUAUUACAGAACA